GACUCGGCUCGGCUCGGCGGCCCGACGGGAUCAUUCGAGAAGUCCCCCCGCCCCGAGGAGGCCGCGCCCGCCGCCGCCGCGCAUUUAAACGGGCCGAGCCGCCGCUGCCUCAGGCGCCUCAGCCUUUCCCCUCCCUCCCACCGCAGCCAUGUCGGUGGUGGGCAUCGACCUGGGCUUCCAGAGCUGUUACGUGGCCGUGGCCCGCGCCGGCGGCAUCGAGACCAUCGCGAACGAGUACAGCGACCGCAGCACGCCAUCAUGUAUAGCCUUUGGACCCAAGAAUCGCUCGAUUGGCGCUGCAGCUAAAAGCCAGGUUAUUUCAAAUGCAAAGAAUACAGUACAAAGUUUUAAAAGAUUUCAUGGUCGUGCAUUCUCAGAUCCCUUUGUUCAAGCUGAAAAAGCAAGCCUUGCGUAUGAACUUGUCCAGCUGCCAACAGGCUCAACUGGCAUCAAGGCCAUGUAUAUGGAAGAAGAAAGAAACUUUACUAUUGAACAGGUGACAGGAAUGCUUCUUACCAAAUUAAAAGAGACCGCUGAGAAUGCGCUUAAGAAGCCUGUAGUUGACUGUGUUGUUUCCGUUCCUUCUUUCUACACAGAUGCAGAAAGGAGGUCUGUGAUGGAUGCUACACAGAUUGCUGGUCUCAACUGUCUGAGGCUAAUAAAUGAAACAACUGCAGUUGCCCUUGCAUACGGAAUCUAUAAGCAAGACCUGCCUGCCUUGGAAGAGAAGCCACGGAAUGUUGUUUUUGUGGAUAUGGGGCAUUCUGCAUAUCAAGUUUCUGUUUGUGCAUUCAACAAAGGAAAACUGAAAGUUCUUGCUACAGCAUUUGAUACAACACUUGGAGGCAGGAAAUUUGAUGAGAUGUUAGUUGAAUACUUUUGUGAAGAAUUCGGAAAGAAAUAUAAACUAGACAUAAAGUCAAAGAUUCGUGCGUUGUUGAGGCUAUACCAAGAAUGUGAAAAACUGAAAAAAUUGAUGAGCGCUAAUGCCUCUGAUCUCCCGAUGAACAUAGAAUGCUUCAUGAAUGACAUAGAUGUCUCUGGAACAAUGAACAGAAGCAAAUUUUUAGAGAUGUGUGAUGGACUCCUUGCACGAGUGGAACCACCCCUUCGCAGUGUGCUCGAGCAAGCCAAGUUAAAGAAGGAGGACAUCUAUGCAGUGGAGAUAGUUGGUGGUACCACAAGAAUCCCUGCUGUAAAAGAAAAGAUCAGUAAAUUUUUUGGCAAAGAAGUCAGUACAACUUUGAACGCAGAUGAGGCUGUUGCACGAGGUUGUGCGCUGCAGUGUGCUAUUUUAUCCCCGGCUUUCAAAGUGAGAGAAUUUUCUAUCACAGAUUUGAUACCGUAUCCUAUUUCUUUACGAUGGAAUUCACCAGCAGAGGAAGGGUUAAGUGACUGUGAGGUCUUUCCCAAGAACCACGCUGCUCCAUUUUCUAAGGUCCUCACGUUCUACAGAAAGGAACCUUUUACUCUUGAGGCGUACUACAGUUCUCCCAAGGAGCUGCCUUACCCGGAUCCUGCUAUAGCUCACUUCUUGGUUCAGAAGGUCACUCCUCAAACAGAUGGAUCCAGUUCAAAAGUGAAAGUCAAAGUUAGAGUAAAUAUCCAUGGUAUCUUCAGUGUUUCAAGUGCGUCUUUAGUGGAGGUUCAUAAAUCUGAUGAGAACGAGGAGCCUAUGGAAACGGAUCAGCACGCAAAAGAGGAGGAGAAGAUGCAAGUAGACCAGGAGGAGCAACAGAAGACUGAAGAGCAACAGCAGGCUCAACCUGAAAAUAAGGCAGAGUCUGAAGAAAUGGAGACUUCUCAGGGUGACUCAAAAGACAAGAAAGUGGAUCAACCGCCUCAAGCCAAGAAGGCUAAAGUAAAGACUACUACAGUGGACCUGCCCAUUGAAAACCAGUUGGUGUGGCAGAUAGGGAAAGAUAUGCUGAACUUAUUCAUUGAGAAUGAGGGUAAAAUGAUAAUGCAGGACAAGCUAGAGAAAGAGAGGAAUGAUGCCAAGAAUGCAGUGGAAGAAUAUGUGUAUGAUAUGAGAGACAAACUCUGCAGUAUUUAUGAGAAAUUCGUUAGUGAAGAUGAUCGAAAUAGUUUCACGCUGAAGCUGGAAGAUACAGAAAACUGGCUUUAUGAAGAUGGUGAAGACCAGCCCAAACAAAUUUACAUUGAUAAACUGACAGAAUUGAAGGCUCUGGGUCAACCCAUUCAGGCAAGAUUUCAAGAAUCGGAGGAAAGACCAAAAGCGUUUGAGGAGUUAGGGAAGCAAAUUCAACAGUACAUGAAAACUGUUCAUGCAUUCAAAGCAAAGGAUGAGCAGUAUGACCAUCUAGAUGAAGCCGAUGUAGCGAAAGUGGAGAAGAGUGCGAAUGAAGCCAUGGAGUGGAUGAACAAUAAACUUAAUCUGCAAAACAAGAGGAGUCUUACUUUGGACCCAGUUAUAAAAGCUAAAGACAUACAAGCUAAAACUAAAGAAUUGACGAGCAUUUGUAAUCCCAUAGUCACAAAACCAAAACCCAAAGUCGAGCUCCCCAAGGAGGAGGAGCAGAAGCCAGCUGAACCCAAUGGACCAGUGGAAGGCCAGGGAGAAGCCAACGGUGGGCCCCCACCCCCUGAGCAGAGCGCGGCCGCUGCCCCCACAGCCACCGAGAAGAAGCUUCCUGAAAUGGACAUUGACUGAAUUUCAGCACUUGUUUAUAUUAUGGCAAACUCCAAUAAAGCUUUAAGUUGUUGA